GGGCGGACCUAGCGCCCUCACGGCGACGAGGGCGGAGUAUUCCCGCAUUACCUCAUCUAGUGCGACAGGCAGCUGGCUUCAAGGCAAGGGGAAAAAAUGGCGUCAGGAAGUGGGUCCAAAAAUGCAGAUUUCCGUCGAAAGUGGGACAAAGAUGAAUAUGAGAAACUUGCCCAGAAACGAAUCACUGAGGAGCGAGAGAAGAAAGAUGGAAAACCACUACAGCCUCCAAUUAAGAGAGAAUUACUCAAGCAUAGAGACUACAAAGUUGAUCUGGAAUCCAAGCUGGGGAAAACUAUUGUUAUUACAAAGACCACUCCACAAUCUGAAAUGGGCGGCUAUUACUGCAAUGUUUGUGACUGUGUAGUGAAGGAUUCAAUCAACUUCUUGGAUCAUAUCAAUGGCAAAAAACAUCAACGGAACUUGGGGAUGUCCAUGAGAGUAGAGCGUUCUACACUUGAUCAAGUUAAAAAGCGAUUCGAACAAAACAAGAAAAAAAUGGAGGAAAAACAAAAGGACUACGACUUUGAGGAGCGAAUGAAGGAAUUGCGGGAAGAGGAGGAAAAAGCACGGGCUUACAAGAAAGAAAAGCAGAGGGAAAAGAAGCGGAAGGCAGAAGAAGACCUUGGCUUUGAAGAAGACGAUGAAAUGGCUGCUGUUAUGGGUUUCUCAGGGUUCGGUUCCUCUAAAAAGAGCCACUGAUUAAACUUGAAAGCAGCAGUCUAAUAUUACCAAGCAGAUAGUGUUUUUCCCUUUUUAUAGAUAUGUCUUUUUAUAUUGAACUGGAGCAUUUUAAAAAGGAAUUAUUUGUUAUGCCUCCAGUGGCAUUAGUUCAAAGCUUAGGAGUAUGGGAGAAUUCAGCAAUCUCAUACACACUAGCACUGACCAAAACUGUGAUUCCAUAAUGUACAAACCUUUAUUUUCUUAGUAUCUGCCUAAUUACCUCAUAGGUUUGGGAGCUGAUAAUCCCACAGCUAAAGUGCUGUAUUGCUGACCGUGAUUACAUGCUUUCUUUCACAAAGAAGCUUAACGGUAGGCUUUCCACUGAAGCUGAUUUUAGAAGGAGCACUAAGGGACAUGUUCAGUUUAUAAUGAAAACUCCCUGGCCUCCUUUCCAAACCCAUAACCUGUUCUAAGCUAGACCCACAGGCACUAGGUUUAGGUGCCUACUACUUACUCAGGGCAGCAGCCUUUUGCUGUCUUUAACAAUCUGAAUGCAGAAAUCUUUUGCAGGAACCCCCAGACUUGAAUGGUGCUGUACUUGUGCAGCUGGAGUAAGGCCCUAUUCAAGUCUAUGAUAAGUUACUGCAUAACUGUGGGUAUUGGUGGCAAGGGCUUUAAACGAAAAAUGGGUAAGUAGGCACUGGAAGUGGUGUAGGGGGUUUAGCUUGUAAUGGGUUACUGGACUGGGAGUUUUCAUUCUAAAAUGAACUUGUCCUUUAAAAAGGGCAUGAGAAUUUACAACCAGUUUUUUAUUUCCAUAAAAUUUACCUACAACAAAUUAACACGUUACAAUUGUUACUUUCUCCAAAAUUAUGUUGCUGUUCCUUGUUUAGCUCUGUCUCGGAGUACUCUGAUCCUACAUCAGCAGAACUGAUCUUCACUCUACAUGCUGAGAUUUUGUAGAGAUAGAGCUGUGUGUAGUUCUCUGGCUCAGAAGCUGCCUAGUGUAACACGUUCUUGGAUAAAGUAAUGGUCUACAGCAGGGAUAUGCAAUUAGCGGACUUCCAGCUGUUGCAUAACUACAAAUCCCACGAGGCAUAGCAAGACUCUGACAGCCACAAGCAUGACACCCAAAGGGAGAGGCAUGAUGGGACUUGUAGUUUUACAACAGCUGGAGGUCCGCUAAUUGCAUAUCCCUGGUCUACAGCUAGGGAAUUCAGCCUUUCUUCCAACACAUGACACCCAUAUUGAUUUGGUCUCCAUGCAGAAACACAGAUUUUUUAAAACUGUCUGUGUGCUUCACAAUUCUGCCAAUUUGCAGUUUCACGUCUGGAUUGUAUAAAAUUAACAGAUAAAAAAAAAUGCAUCUUUUUUCCUCAUUCACAGUCUGCAAAGCUAAACCAUUUUAGUAACUCCAAUUAGAACUGAUUCAGUUUUGCAUGGUUGCUGGUUAAAAUUGCACACUGAUGUAUCCUUCAAAUGUUGAGCUAUCCCCAGCAAAAUUCACGUUUGCUAAACUGCAGUGAUCAGUUUGAGGCAAAAUGAUAGUUCAGUAUGAUGGAUCAGAAGGCAUGACACCCAUGGGUAAUUGGGGUGUCCACUUGUCAGAGUGAUUGAUUGACACCUGUGUUUUUGCUUUGUGGGAAAUGGUGGAUUCUAAUUCUUGGAUACCCACAUGCUUUAAAGUAGGGGUAGGCAACCUGGGGCCCUCCAGCUGUUGCAAAACUACAUGUCCCAUCAUGCCUCUUGGAGGAGUUGUAACUGCCAGCCUUGAAAUGCCUCAUGGGAAAGGUAGUUCCACAACAGCUGGAGGACCCCCAGGUUGCCUACUCCUGCUUUAAAGUAAACAUUUACUGGGAUAAAUACUGGACCUUUCAUUGCUCUUAAUCAUCUUCUUAAAAAGCUUGUUAGCUGGCUGUUGCCCACUUUAAAGGCCCAUCAUGCUCUAGAGGACUUCUGCCCGCUGUUUGGAAGCAGUCAUAUCUCUGCAGAGAUUCACCUUACCUGUUGUGAGGUUGCUGGCAGGGCACAAGCUUUUGUCUUUAGGUUAUGGCUGCUUUGUAAUGAAAACAAACUGUAAGGCCUCAUGAAUGUUUUUAAAAGGCACGUUUCUUUCUUUAUUUAUUUUUUUCUGCCUCUGAACCCAGCUUCAUUUUAGCCAAUGAUUUUAGAGCAGCAUUCUCAGAGGCAUAAAAAUGCUCCAAACCUGCGUUCUGAGAGGAGUUUACUGGCAUAAAUUAUAACUAAAGCGUUCGUAUGCAAGUAAAUUCAAUCCAGUGGCUAGAAUAAAGGAAUAUUCUGCCCAGUAAAAUGAGUUUACGCUCAUGCAGUUCUAGAUGCCAUAUGCCUGUAAAUGUGCGUAAUUGCUUGCCAAAAUUUGCAUUUUUUUUUUUUUUUA